AUGAACAUGAACAACAAGAAAUGGCUUAAGAGGAAAAAAAACUUCCAAUUUUGUAACUUAGCACAUAUUGUUCAACAGCAGCAGCUCGCACCUAAUUGGGAACGACCUGGAAUCGCUUUAAAUAUUUUGGAAAAAAAAGAGUUUGAUGAUGAAUGCGACAGAACCCUGAGUUCUAAAACCAAAUUUGUCAAAAGAGUUUUCACGAUUCGAAAUAAACUCAGCCUCGAAAUGGACAAAAAAGAAGUGAAACAGGCAAAAGCAAAACAAAGCAAUGCCAACAAACGGCGAAAAUAUUUCUGUUCACGAAUGAAGCAAAUAAAAAUAUUAAAAGUAUGGAAAAAACCAAAACGCGAAGUUCCCGGAGAAAUGACAAAAACAAACUAA